AUGAAUCGCUGGGGUGCAAGAUGUCCAGGUUCUCCAGAGUACGGAAAUCCCGAUGGCGUGAGGAUCAGCAAGGCCAACGAUAUCCAGAAUAAUCCGACCAAGCAGCUAAAUAUUCGUUCUACUCCCCUCACCAGGAGUACCAAAGAAGAGACCUACACUGGUUUGCGGGCGUCUUACAAUAUCUCGUUACUUAUAGCAAAAUCCGGAAAACCGCAUACUAUCGGAGAGAAGUUAAUUUUGCCAGCCGUUGAAGAGGUUUUAAAAACUGUUUUACACAAACCUGCAUCUGAUAUCAUUAAAAGAAUUCCCUUAAGCAACAAUACUGUUGAAAGACGAAAUGGAUGA